UCAUAUGGAUGAUGAUGGAUAAAACAUAAAAAGAAGUAAAAAUUAAAGAGAGAGUUGUGAAAAGUGGGUAAACACGUGAUGAUGAAAGCAACCUUCUUAUCAUCUUACGUUAUUUGUUAGGUAAAAUACAACAACUAGUCGUCAUUACCCAGAAAACAAAAAUAAAAAACAGCGAUCUGCGUUUUCUUGAAUCAGAAUCAAACCAAAGAAGAGAAAUAAAAUGUUACAGCUGUUUUUCACGAUAGCGUUUUCGGCGGCGCCGUUAACGCUGUACAUACCGCCGAUAAGAUGUUUGACGGUGUUCGUUGAGACGAUGGAGGAGAUGGGAAUGGAAGGUAGGGUUUAUAGCCGGAGAGUCUUUCCUCGUGCAAGAAUUGCUUGGUCUAGGCUUCUUGAUUGCUUCUUCUCCUCUUCUCCUCCGCCUCGCCGUCCUUGAUUUUAAUUGUUCCUUCUUCUUCUCUUUGUAGAUAAUCUAUAUCCUCUCUCAGUUUCCUUGUGUUAUGACUUAUAAUCACGUAUAUGUUUUCGAUUUGAGAUCAUUCAAGAUGAGGUUUAGGUUUCGUUGUUCUUGAUAUCUUAAUAAAUUAGAGAUGGUUUAUGAAUC